AUGGAUUAUAGCAAGAAUAUAGUUUUACCCUUUCGGGAUCUUCAUGGUGAAAACUGGAGGUAUUCUAAACCUCGGGGUGAAUUUACUGCCGUGGAGACUCCCUUGACACCACCACCAUCGCCGCAGUUGCCUUCGUCGCCACCAGGAUCCCCAUUCACGCCCUCGCCAACGCCUCCUAGUCCUCGCCUCUCACGCCCCCGAAAUCCUAUUCUCCAGCGCCUCCUCACUGUAGGAUCUCGACCGCCCAAUAACCGACUCGUUUCAUACCUGGGGAAUAAGGUCAACUCGCUACGUUUCGAAAGUGACGUCAUUGACCUUAAGGAUAUUAGGAUCUUUGGAGCAGUAACUAAGGUCCUUCGUAACUUAACUCUGCACCAGGUAUCGGAUCAUCCUGAACUCUACCACAUGGAUUAUAGCAAGAAUAUAGUUUUACCCUUUCGGGAUCUUCAUGGUGAAAACUGGAGGUAUUCUAAACCUCGGGGUGAAUUUACUGCCGUGGAGACUCCCUUGACACCACCACCAUCGCCGCAGUUGCCUUCGUCGCCACCAGGAUCCCCAUUCACGCCCUCGCCAACGCCUCCUAGUCCUCGCCUCUCACGCCCCCGAAAUCCUAUUCUCCAGCGCCUCCUCACUAAAUGUCUUACUGAAAGGAAGUCCAUAAUGGUUUCUCGGUUCUCGUAG